CUCGCAAAUAACAAUCCUCAAGAAGACACACAUUCCAACGUUAGGCUGCCGAUGCGGUGGGAAAUAACCUUCAUCUCCUGUUCGCCAAGUGCGGAUCUCGUGGUGGUUAGGGAACGCUCCCUCAGGUUUCCAGGGAUCCUAAUCCCAAUAUCCACGGCCAGCUCCUGAUAUACAUACGAAGGGCAUUGAGGAUAACUACAUGAAGGACACCAAUGGCCUUGGUGAGAUGGUGAACAUCUCGGUCUUCGACCAAGUGCCACCCAGACUAGAACACGGAACACUCGACAGGACGAUUCUCGUUUACAACAACUAUUUCAAACUCACGUUCCCGGGCUUUCGGAGGCACCCUAGGGCGGCCAUGGCCUUGGUGACCGAGGUGAUUGUGUGGUCUCCGUAGCAUCAGAGGCGGCGGCGGCGGUCGUCAUUGUACUUGGCUUGUUGAUAUUUGAUAAUUUAUAUGCAUUCCUCGC